AUGGUUAAAAGGGCAUCUAUUACAUCUACUGUUGAUAGCUUGUCUAUCUCCAAAAAUUCAGAUCCUAAAAAAGAUGACAAGGAAAAUGACAAUAAUGAUAAUUUAAGUCCCAUUUAUACGGCUUGGGGUGAUAUAAUUAAACAUUGGCCAUUAACUACUUUUUGUAUUGUUUCAAAUGAAUUUUGUGAAAGAUUUUCAUAUUAUGGCAUGCGAACUGUUUUAACAUUAUACUUACUUAAUAUUUUAAAAAUGUCUUAUGAUACCUCUACAAUAUUUUUUAACGGAUUUACUGUUUUAUGUUAUUUUACCCCAUUAUUAGGAAGUAUAUUAGCUGAUGGUUAUAUUGGAAAAUUUAAAACAAUCUUUUUUGUAUCAAUUUUAUAUACAAUUGGACAAGUUGUUCUUGCUGUUAGUAGUGUUUUUAAUUCACAAUCACCACUUCAUCCAUGGCUUGAUUAUCUUGGUUUAAUUAUAAUUGGAUUUGGUACUGGUGGUAUUAAACCAUGUGUUAAUUCCUUUGGAGGUGAACAAUUUGAACAACAUCAAGAACGAAUGCUUUCAUUAUUUUUUUCAAUGUUUUAUUUUUCUAUUAAUGCUGGUUCAAUGAUUUCAACUUUUAUUUCUCCUAUAUUUCGUUCAUUACCAUGCCUUGGUCAAGAUACAUGUUUUCCUUUAGCAUUUGGUGUACCAGCAGCUCUUAUGAUUGUUGCUACAGUUGUUUUUAUGGCUGGAUCAUUUAAAUAUAAAAAACCUGUUGUAAAAAAUAAUGUUUUUGGUGAGGUAUGGGGUGUUGUUAAAAAUGCUCUUAAAAAUAAAUAUAAAAAAUCUAGUGAAAAAAAGGAACAUUGGUUAGAUCAUUACUUAACAACACAUCGAUGUUCAAAUGAUGAAAAAUGUUUACAAUUACAAAGUGAUAAAAAGGAUAGUUCAUUAUGCCAAAAAUAUCAAUUUGUUGAUGAUAUAAAACAACUAUUUCGUCUUUCAAUAAUGUUUUUACCUGUACCAAUAUUUUGGGCAUUAUAUGAUCAACAGGGAUCAAUUUGGUUAAUUCAAUCAAUUCAAAUGGAUUGUAGAGUUGGUUCAUUAUUAAUUUUACCUGAUCAAAUGCAAACACUUAAUGCUGUUUUAAUUCUUAUUUUUAUUCCCUUAUUUCAAAUAAUUGUUUAUCCAGCUAUUGAAUUAUGUUUUAAAAUGACACCAUUAAGAAAAAUGGUAUUAGGAGGUUUUUUAGCAACUACAGCAUUUGUUGUAUCAGGAAUUAUUCAAUUUGAAGUUAAUAAAACAUUACCAGUUCUUCCUCAAGAUAAUCAAGUAUUUGUAGAUUUCUUUAAUACAUUAGAUAAAUGUGAUAUUUCUGUUAUACCAGUUGGUAAAACUGUUUCGCAAAAUUCAUCAGGUUUAAUACAUUCAUUUCCAAGUGAUGGUACCUUAUAUUAUGUUAAUAAUCAAUUUAUUAUACCUGCUGGAUCAUUUGAAUUUAAAAUUAAUUAUACUGGAAGUGGAUGUUCAAAAAAUAUUCCUUCAACAUAUAAAGGAAAUUUUGACUCAAAAUCUGUUAAUUAUAUUAUUAUAAAUCAAAAUGGAGCUUAUCAACAAAAAGUGGAUCCUUCUAAACCAACAGAAGGUGAAGGUGAAUUUAGUUUAGCUAUUGAUAUUGCUUUAAAUGAAAAUUAUACUACACCAAAUACAACAAAUUUGGCUUUGUGUAAACUUAAUGUUAAUGAUUUUGAUCCAAAAUAUCCAUGUGAUCCAAAUAAAAGUGGAUCUGAUUUCUAUUUUUGGGAAAGAGAUUAUAAUCUAAAUACCGAUGACAUGGUUAUUCGUCAUUAUCAAUCUUCAUCUAAACAAAAAAUAGUUGCAUCUAGUUAUGUAUAUAAACCUGUAAAACCUGGAAAAUGGGGUCUGUAUUAUAUGUAUAAUCAACCAAAAGAUAUCAGUCACCAAACAUAUUCAAAAGAAAAAGUACAAGUAGAGGCAACAAACAUCACAUUUUCUGUUAAUGCUCAAGGUGGCGUCUAUAAUUUAAUUGUUACUGGUGAUAAGAAAAAUCCGGAAGGAAGAAUAUAUCAAUUUGUUAAAGAUAAUACAGUAAAUAUAUUGUGGCAAGUUCCACAAUACAUUAUUAUUACAGCAGCUGAAAUAUGUUUUUCUGUAACUGGACUUGAAUUUGCUUAUUCUCAAGCAGCUCCAUCUAUGAAGGCAUUAGUACAAGCUAUGUGGUUAUUAACUACUGCCAUAGGUGAUACAAUUAUUGUUAUUGUUGCAGCUGCACAUUUGUUUGACGAUUUAGCUAUUGAAUUUUUAGCUUAUGGAGGAUUAAUGCUUGUUGUUAUUAUUAUAUUUGCAUUUAUGUCACAAUUCUAUUAUGAAUAUAAAAAUUACGGUGAAGAAGAAACAAAAUCCGGGAUUGAAUUGUCAGAAAUUGAUAAUUUAUCAAAUAAAGAAAAAUAA